UCCAGUCUGCAGCAGUUUUGGUAAUCUGAUCCUGAUCAGACAUUGUGGGCACAAUUCAUCUGCAGGGACAACUGAUCUCCUGAACAGCGCUGCACCAGUUACCUAGAAGCAUGCAAGGGAAAUAAAAUGCAGCUGGUAUGCUGAGCUGCUUCUUGCUACUCUGGAUUGUAAAUAUGAGUCUAAGAGCAGCUAAGAUCUUCAUCACAUAACAAACUGGAAGUGACAGCUAGCAGAAUUUUUUCCGACUAUUUUCCUCUGUUUUUACGUCUGUUUGGAUAUAGUGUUAUAAAUACUGUCUCCUCUGUGUGGUUUUGAAUAUGGAUGCAAAAGGAAACAAUAUACAUUGAUUUUCUUCAGAGAACAGAUACCUGCUUUUAUAUGAUUAUUGUGUGGGUCUGUUUGCUUCUUAUGAGAUAUGAUUCACUGUGAAGUUACAGAAAAGUGUCAAACUUCUACCCAAACAGGACCCAAUCAGUAAAGCUGCAACAAGUAUAUGAACCACUAGUGGAACAUGGAUCAUCUGAGUAGUAAUCAGGGCUUUAUCCCUCUAUGCCAUGGAUCUGGAUUUAAUUUUGCAGAAUUGUGGAGAUGAGAGAAAACUGCUCUUUCAAAUACAAGACAGCAAUGGACACCAUACACCAAAUAUGUGAAUUAAAUGAAUAAUGAUUUAUAGUCUUCUUCAUGUGUGCCAUUAUACUGGCUACAGCCAGCUUGUUUAACUUCUUCAGCUACAGCCUGGCCUUUACUUCUGUGGGUGUGGUUCUAUUUAUAUGUGGAUGGCAUAUUCAUAUGAGGUGACAGAAAGACCACUCUGGAUAUAUAAAGACAAAGCCUCUUUACUUGUGUGGAAUUCUUUACUCAGCAGAUGUAGUUUUACUUGUUCAAGAGAUCUGCUGCUUCUGAAGUACGUGGCAGUUAUUGUAAAAGUUCUUCAUGUCUCAUUACGACUUUAAAGAAAUCUAGUGCAAAUGAAUGACAUGGCACUCAAAACUCAUUUUCUUGUCAGCCUAACUAUUGCAGCAUUAGUACAAGCUGUUGAAAAAAUUGAGGAAUGCCCACAGUCUUGUACUUGUGAGAUAAGACCAUGGUUUACACCAAGGUCUACGUACAUUGAGGUCCCAACUGUUGACUGCAAUGACUUAGGUCUGUAUAAUUUUCCUUUACGAUUACCUGUGAACACACAAAUUCUAUUGCUUCAGACAAACAACAUAGCAAAAAUUGACCACUUAGUUGAUUAUCUAGUGAAUCUCACUGAAUUAGAUUUAUCUCAAAAUAAUCUGUCUUCAGUAACUGACAUAACUCUUGGACAAAUGUAUCAUCUUCUUUCUCUUCAUUUAGAGGAAAAUAAACUUACAGAGUUGCCUGACCAGUGUUUUUCAGGAUUACCUAACUUGCAGGAACUUUACAUAAAUCAUAAUCUGAUUUUCACAGUUAUGCCAGAAGCCUUUAUGGGACUUGAUAAUCUUCUAAGGCUCCACCUAAACUCAAACAAAUUGAGGAUAAUCAAUAGAAAAUGGUUUGACUUUACUCCAAAUCUUGAAAUUCUUUCCAUCAGUGAAAACCCAAUUAUUCAGAUUGAAGAAUCAAACUUCAAACCACUUAAUAAUUUGCGUAGCUUGGUUUUAGCAAGCAUUUAUCUUUCAGACCUCCCACAUGAUGCUUUGAUAGGCUUAGACAAUUUAGAAAGCGUCUCUCUUUAUGACAACAAAUUUUUAAAAGUUCCAUCUGGUGCAUUGCAAAAGGCCAUUAAUCUCAAGUUUCUGGACUUAAAUAAAAAUCCCAUACAGAGAAUUCAGAAAGGUGACUUCAGAGACAUGUUCCACUUAAAAGAGUUGGGAAUUAACUAUAUGCCAGAGCUGGUUUCAAUAGACAGUCUUGCACUUGACAAUUUACCCGAGCUAACAAAAAUUGAGGCAACCAACAAUCCUAGACUGUCAUAUAUUCACCCAAAUGCAUUCUCCAAGCUCCCUAAACUGGAAUCAUUGAUGCUUAAUAGCAAUGCGUUGAGUGCUCUCUACAGGAGUACAAUAGAUUCUUUGCCUAAUCUUAGAGAAGUAAGUAUACAUAGCAAUCCUAUAAGAUGUGAUUGCGUAAUCCGCUGGAUUAACAUGAAUAAAACAAAAAUCCGCUUUAUGGAGCCUGAUUUUUUGUUUUGUGUUGAUCCACCUGAAUUUGAAGGUCAGCAUGUACGGCAAAUACACUUUAGAGAAAUGAUGGAAAUAUGUCUGCCACUAAUUGCACCAGAAAGUUUUCCUCUUUAUUUAGACCUGAACCUGGGUGAUUCUGUAUCAUUACAUUGUAGAGCGAUAGCAGAGCCAGAACCAGAAAUCUACUGGAUAACUCCUACAGGCCAAAAGCUUUUGCCAAAUAUGGUGUCUGACAAAUUAUAUGUUUACCCUGAAGGGACUUUAGACAUCUAUGGUGUAACAGAAAAAGAAGCAGGUUUAUAUACCUGUGUUGCUACUAAUCUCAUUGGGGCUGAUUUAAAAACAGUAAAGAUAAAAGUAGGUGGAGAAUGCUCCCAGGUUAUCAACGCAUCAGUGAGUAUUAAAAUUAAAGAUGUUCAUUCCAAUUCAGUUUUGUUGUCUUGGACAGCUAAUUCCAAGAGUCUGACAUCUAGUAUUAAUUGGACUGCUACAGUAAAAGAUGGCAACCCUCAGAUUGCUCAUACUGCUAGAGUGCCAUCAGAUACAAAAGUUUUCAAUCUUACUCACUUAAAUCCAGCCACAGAGUAUGAAAUAUGUAUAGAUAUUUCAAACAUUCAUCAACAAAAUGUUAAGAAAUGCAUAAAUGUUACUACUAAUGGCACAGACUUUGCUAUUCAGCUGAAAGAAAAGAGCAAUGUGACACCACUGGUUGCUGGACUUGGAACCCUUUUGUGGAUAGUUGCUAUGAUUUUCUUAUUCAAUUAUAAAUUUCAAAAGACUGACUGUGAUUCAGGAAAACUCUUCCUAAAAUAUUACAUGAAGAAAACAACUUAUAAACUGCAUGAGUUGUAUCCCUCUCCCAUCAGUCUUUGGGAUACAAGUAAAGGGAGAUGUACUGCAGUACAAGUGAAAGCGACAGUUAUAAAUGUGCCAAACAAUGUCUCUUAAAUAAGAUUAAAUGUCAGCUUAUACACUGAUUUCUUAAAAGAAGAUGGAGCACAUGGGUGGGAUUGCUGUCCUGAACAACAAGAAGACAAAUUGUCUGUCUUCGAUACAUGAAUAUAUGGGAUGGUCUGUUUCUAACAGAUAAAGGUUACUCUAUACUGUCAGGAAAUGCUGACUAUUGAGACAGGAGGAUGUUGGGCAAUGUAACUUGCUACAUCUUUCCUUGUUACGGGGGUAGUCCUACAGUUUUCAUAAUGAUAGUACAGUCCAAAGGACGAGAACAAGAAGGACAGUGUUGUCUGUGUAUGGUUUUAAAAGGGAGAACUGAGGACAACCUAUAUCUUCGGAAGGGAUUUUUUUGCUUGGCAGAAGUAUUAGAAUGAAACCUGGUGUUACUAUAUGGAAACAAAUCAUGUAGAGUAGGACACAGUGAAUGUGUAUAAUGAUUUUUAUGCAGGAACACAUUUUUUGAUUAAAGACACUACUUCUA